AUGAUAGAAGAACAAUACGACUCCGAAGAAGAAACGCUCGAAGAUCUUUACGAAGGAGAAGACGACGCAGAUGCUGAGGCUGAGAUGUACGAUGAGCCUGGAGAUGCGCUGCCAGGCAUGACGCCAGGCGCGGACGACGCGACGGAGGACGGCGAUGAUGACUCUGGUUCAGAUGACUCUGAAUCUGAUGAAGACGAGGACGAGGAAGAAGAAGACGAAGAGCCGCUGGACUUGGGUUUAAUUGAUGAACUAGACCAACCGCCACCACAACCACCUGCCAAUGAACAUCUGAAGGCUGCGAAAACAGAUGCAAGGUCACCUUCUGUGCCUCCUCCAGCUCCUCCUUCACCUCCUCGAAUACGCGAACUAACUCCUGCUCAACUUCGCCGAAAGGCUCUCACUUUCACCCUGGAUAAGGCUCCGCGUUCUUUUGUGAUAGAAGCAAUAUGCGCGAUCCCUCACCCAGCCCCAACACACGCACUUGCUUCAUCAGCAUGCAUGACCCACCUUUUGACUGGUUCAGACGACGGAUAUAUCAGGAAUUAUGAUAUCUUUGCUGCAGUCAACAGCAAGAAUUUUUUGACGGCUCCUCAACGACAACAUGCGGGUGUAGUUGAAGGUCUUAUGAAGUCCGGACAACUACGGUUUUGGUGGGAAAACCCAGUACCAGUACAGGAACCUAGGCCUGCUGGGGUUUUGGCUGCAGAUGACGAACCUCGUUUGGCGCCUAUUUAUAGUCUGGCUAUGCAGUCCGAUGCUCUCUGGACGCUGGCUGGGACGGAUGCCGGCAACAUCAACUUGUUUACUGUCCGUCACGAUCCUGGGAGGCUCAUUCAUAUCAUGAACGGACACAGAGGUCCCAUUUCUGCCCUUGCAUUGGACUACGAUGAAAAGGGGUUUUUCAGCGCUGGUUGGGAUGGCGAAGCCAUCCAAUGGGAUCUAAACACAGGUCAAGGCGUCCGUAACUAUACCGCGCAUAACACUCACCUCACAAGUAUUGCCAUUCGGCCACUGUCAUCUGGCUACGCUCCUACAAGUGCUCCAGUUUAUAUACGGACAGAUCAAGGAGCAGAAACAACAGAGCAGAAGCCAUUGACCAAUGAUAGCAUGGACAUCGAUGUAGACUCGAAGCCGGGCACGAAUAAUGCAUCAAACGGAGGACAGCUACCUGACCUGUCACAAGCGAUACCCAUGGAUUCUGAUGCCCGUUCGGAUGCAUCUUUUGACCCUCUUUUUGAUGACGUUCCAGAUGAACCUGCAAAACCAGCCGUUGAAGCGAAACUCGCAAUGCCUGGCACCUCACAGGUCCGACAGCCAGCUGGACCUCCACCACAGUCGACAAUACCCCCACCAAAAGGCGCGCCUCCCCUUUUCGAUCCCGUAGAAUAUGCAACAUAUUCGUCUGAACUGCUCAUGACUUCAUACAUUGAUGGCCAAGUUGUUCUAUGGGACAGGAGGGUCCAAACUGCCGGCAAGGGCGUAGGUCGAUUAUGGAUGAGCGAAAAGACUCCACCAUGGUGCUUAUCUGCUUGUUGGUCUGCUGAUGGAGCAUACAUUUACGCAGGAAGACGGAAUGGCACCGUUGAUGCUUGGGAUGUACGGGUCCUUGGGACGUCCGGACCUACGAAUACACCUAGGGUCUUCAAAUCCCUUCGUAAUCCCACUAGCUCAGGUGUUGUUUCCGCUUCUGUCGAUAACAUUCGCCUAUGGAACGUGGCAGAUGCUGGGGAAGAUGUAUUUGGAAGAUCGAGAAGUGGUGUUCAGUUCAAGAUUAUUCCAGGACACCAUGGAGGUUACAUCUCCCAAAUGCUCAUUGAUGCAGGUGCUCGAUUCCUCGUUAGCGCGAGCAGCAACCGAGGCUGGCAUGGCGACUCAACCCGAACUGUAUUCGUUCAUGACAUUAAAUACCUGCUCUAA